AACUGUACAACACAAAUUAGAAUGAAGGGUAAUUUAACUGGGAAAGAAUAAGAUAAAAUAUAUAAAUUAAAUUAAGCAGCUGCUGCAUUACUGGCAAAGUCAGCAGCCCUGGUCCACAGCUGCUUUUCAUCUUUUGUGGGUAAUUCUUCUGUCAGCAAUCAGGCAGUAGGAGUAUUUCUAAGAUUGUUAGUGAGUUUUCUGAAUCAGCCCCUUUUUGUUUCUCUUUUUUUAAUGAAAGGUAGUUUUGGGGAUCAUCCUGCACCAGGCAUUGUCAUGUCUGCUGUGAUGGGAUUGUGAACGCUGAAUGUGAAAGUCAUCCUCUAAUAUGAUUGUUGUUUGUGCUGUGGACUGUUUCACGAUGCAAUGCUAAAAUCAGAUGGGGACUAUAAAUAAUUUUGCAGAGGCAGGGACACAGGCUGGGGCAGUGAAAUAUAUAAUUCUAAAUAUUCAUUAUACCCAGUAUGGAUACUAGUGUUUACUGUGUGCUUGUAUCAUGGUCAGUCACUGUCCUGCAGGCCCGUUGGUACAUAUUGGACAGCCGUGUGCCUCUUCUAUAAGCAUUUUUUAAUUCAGACAGGUCAUUAAGCAGUAACAUAUCUGAUUUCACCAGUCAGCAGAUGCUUUCCUAAAAAGUCCUAUAGUAGAAAAGCCAAGCUUCAUCCGAAAACUGCCUUCAAACAAGGUAAUAAAUGGCUUACAGUAACACGUUAUCAAAUAUUUACCAAAAUGAGUCUUUGUCCCUGCUUUGGUGGCUCAAACGACCACUAAGGGUUCCUCAGGUCAUUAAUAAUGCACACCGUCUUGUCCCACCAUAGCUUUUUCAGGUUUUAUGAGUUUCACAGAUGCAACCCAGCUGGAGAAUUCUCUCAACCCGCAGAGCAGUGAUCACUUUAUUCCCAUCAGCACUUAUACACCUGUAGGUUGGGAUUGAGGAGGCAGCUGUUACUUUUAUCACCUCUCUGCGCUCAGGUGUUCACCUCCCGACCCACCGCCCACCACGGCCCUCACCUGUGUGUUGCGGUGCUUCCCCUGUGAGCCGACCUGGGCUGGCAGUCCCUUCUUGCACCGCCCGCCAACCCCGCCCAUGGUCAGGAUGACGCGCUCCAAGACCUUCCAGGCGUACCUGCCGAGCUGCCACCGGACCUACAGCUGCAUCCACUGCCGAGCUCACCUAGCCAACCACGACGAGCUCAUCUCAAAGUCGUUCCAGGGCAGCCAAGGCAGAGCCUACCUGUUCAACUCAGUGGUAAAUGUUGGGUGUGGCCCUGCAGAGGAGAGAGUUCUGCUCACGGGCCUGCACGCUGUAGCAGAUAUCUACUGUGAGAACUGCAAAACGACCCUUGGCUGGAAAUACGAACAUGCUUUUGAGAGCAGUCAAAAGUAUAAAGAGGGCAAAUUCAUCAUCGAGCUGGCCCACAUGAUCAAGGACAACGGCUGGGACUGAGGGGCGAGCAGCCGGGUGACAACCGCAGCGGAGGAGGGGAGGGACUGGGUAGAGGGUGGGAGCGGGGUCGUGUGUGGUGGGUGAGUGUGUGACUUUGGUUUGGCUGAUUUACCAUUAACCUUUGUAACUUACUACCCAUCCCUCCCUAUCACACCUCUCGAUGUACACACACAAAAACACACGCGUCAAAGUCCCAGACAUCCCAGUUUGACAGAGAGACGGACUAGGCAGGCUUGUACGCAGCUAGCAGGACUAGGUGACUGGCCAGCAACAGUAUACGAGGCAAGAUGUCUAAUUUCUUUUUCUGAGCCUUUAAAAAAGACAGCCGCACUCCCUCUAUACCUGCUAGGAGACGUCUCCACUGUGUGAAGUAUUGUACCUUGUCUAAUAAUAACUUUAAAACCAUUUGUUAACGGGAAAUUUAGCCAGAACGAGACCGGUUGAAUGAGGAGCUGACGAACGUCCACUCCGUCCCCGACGUAAAAGAGAUGACCUAAUAUGAUUAUAGCAAAUCCAGCUGAUCGGGGCCAUGCCAGCUGGGCCAUUGAUGAGGCCUGGCGCUGAGGCUUGGCACGGAGGCCCUAGCACAUGGGGCGCUGAGUUGGGGAUGAGGGGGUAGAGAUUGCUACCCACUGGGCCUCUCACUCCAAAUAGUGGGAGAGGGAAGGGUCCUGAUCCAUUUUUGUUGAGGCUCUGAUGGUUUCUGGCUGGGAUCCACUCCAUGUCAUGCCAGUGAUGCAGCUCAGGACGAUCAGGGUGAGCCGAAUGUGGAAGAGAGAUAGAGAUGGACAGCCACCAGCUUGUUCCAAAACCUCAUAGGAAUUUGCCCUCACAGCAGCAAAGCAGCUCUCCCGGGUUUUAUUCAUCCUUCAAUACACCAAAGUCGUGUAAAGCGAUCUGCUGAUCGUUCCCCCGAGCUCGUCUGGUGUCUGCGGACCCAUCGCUGAGACCACCUUUGUUACAGGACCAGACUGAAUUACAAAACGUAGGCAUGUCUCAGGUCAGCACCUUUGGCCAGAGUUCCUAAAAGGUUUGCAAACACUGUGAGCAUCUUUCUGCUGCUUAGAGAAAGAGCAAAGGUGAUGAGGCGAUCAGUCAGAUGCAAACAGAUUUAUAGGUGCCAACCAGCCAGUGGUUAGAGAGCAACUGGUUUCAUGUGUCAAGAGAACAUGAAAAUAUACUUUUAACCGAGUUAUACAUGACUUCAGUCAUCGCUCAAAGGCUCUCUUUCAGUCUGGGAUGACUGCUGUUUAACUGCUGUUACCCUGAUCGUUAACUAACUGUCCCUUGUUUAAAAAAGGAGAAACUAAUGGGUAACAUUAUGAAGCAACGUAUGAGAUUCACUUUUUUUCCUGAAUGCACCGACACAUGAUCUACCUAGCUUACUAAAUACUCCUCAUCCACUAAGGGUCUUGGAUUAAUCACAGUGCGAGGUAACCUUACUGGAAAGCGUUGCUCAGGUUCAUUGAUGCUAACUUUUCUUUGCUAAGGCCAGGAUCCUACAAAACGAGCUGGGUGUGUUAUUCUCCGAUGGAAAUGUAUUGUUUUCAAAUGAGAGAAUCCAUUACAGCUGCCUCCAUCCCAUGCAAAUGCACUGUUAAUGCAUGCACGGUAUAAAGUUUUCUGACUAGUUUUGUGCUAGAGAUCCUCAUGUUUGUUUUUUAGGUGAAAAACAGCAUUUUGUGCAUAUUAAAGUUCCAAUGAAACCUUGUGCUGUAACUUGACACCUAGUCAGCUUCAUCUCAGUCCGUUUGAGCUGUGAGAUGUAUCGCAGAUUAAAUGUGAUCCUGGUUUAGAAAAGUAAAAAUGAGUUGCUCUGUUUUGUCACAGACACAGUUUCCUGCGAACAUUGCUCUAGAAGUUUCCCCGUAGGUGAAGAGUCCUUUUCAGUUACAACCAAACCUUAAUGGUUAACUCUCGUCGGUAACUCUCACCGCUCAGUCCGAGGCUGCAGCACUACCAAAGAACCCACCCAUUAACAAUAAAUUGACCAAACAAAAGAUUUUAUUUUGCUUGGGCAAAGUGUUGCAUAACAAGGGGUGUGCAUAUAGCUGAAAGCCAAGGUUGUGGAUAGCCUUUCUCUGUGAUAUAUAAUAUACAUACAUGCAUUACUUUGAUUUUGUAAACAGAUCUUAAUAUAUGAAUAUAUUCUAUUUACUGUAUUCAUCAUUCAUGUCAACCUCUGUGUUACAGAUUGUAAACAGUGUUAAUGUAUUGUGUUUUAUCUAUGAUCCUUACGAUGAUGAAUGAAUAUGAUUUAGGUCAUGUCAUGCUUUCUCUCUGGUACCCCACAUUGGCUGUACGAUACUACUUUUUUUACUGAAAAUGUUUCAAUUUUAAUGUCUUUUUUAAAAGAGGAUGCUGAUGUUGACUAUAUAUCAUUGGAUCUUCAUCUAAUAAAAUGCAUCACGGUAUCUGUAA